CAAUGAAUAAAGUUAUGGCUGUUUUAUAUUUAUAUUUGCUACCAAGAAUUGGAAGAUAUGCGAAAUUCACGUCUAAUGUGGAAUGUCUCCAUCGAUGUUCAACAAAUUAUUGGAAAUAGUUGGCCCUUUCAUUGAAAAGCAGAAGGUGAUUCGGAAUCCAAUACCAGCUCGAACGAGGUUACAGGUGACUCUACGUUGGUUAGCUUGUGGCGAUAGUAUGACAUCACUGUCAUAUUCCUAUCGCAUUGCCCAAUGUACAAUUUCCAAGAUAAUUCCGGAAACAUGUGAAGCAAUAUGGGAUCUUUUAAAAGAAAAGGUACUUCUUGUUCCUACUGAAGAAAAUUGGCACAGAGUUGCAGACGAUUUCGAAAUGAGAUGUCAAUUUCCACUGUAUAGGCUCUAUCGAUGGAAAACACGUUGUCAUUCAGGCACCACAUCACAGUGGCUCAACAUAUUACAACUACAAAGGAAGCCACAGUAUUAAUCUACUAGCAAUAAGCGACGCUAUGAAUCGUUUCCUCAUUGUAGACAUCGGAGCUCAAGGAAGACAAAGCGAUGGAGGUGUCUUUGAAAAUAGUGGAUUACCUCAUUUAUUUGCAUCGAAUGUACUGCGCAUCCCUCGACCUCUGUGCAUCGGUUCUACUGACACGGAGUUUCCAUUCGUAUUAAUAGGAGACGAAGCUUUUCCCUUGAGUACAUGAUGAGACCAUACCCUCGAAGUCACAAACUAAAUACGAGCAAAAAAAUUUUCAAUUACCGUCUCAGUAGAGCUAGAAGAACAGUGGAAUGCGCUUUUGGAAUUCUAGUUGCGCGAUGGAGACUUUACCGUCGACCUAUCAUUGCGUCCAUUUCCAUCGUCGUCAAAGCUGUACAGGCAACAAUUGUUUUGCAUAAUUUCAUCAUCAAUGAAGAACUUCACUUGUCGGAACAAGAAAGAAAAUACGGUAGAAUUGAUACUCACAAUGCGCUUAAUACCAGUGGUGGACUUACAGCCGUAAAUGACAACAAUAAAUCACGAAACUUGGCAGCAAUCAAAAUUCGAAAUGAUUUUGCCCAUUAUUUCGAGUACAUCUCUCCACUGUCUUGGCAGUGGGAUAAAGUUUUGUCAAACGAUUUUUGAUAUAAUUUUAAAAUAUAAAUAAAUCGGAAGUAUAGAGCCAAUUUACU